UGCGGCCAUCUCUCGCGGAGGUGAAGGCGGCUUAGAGGAGCGAAAAGAGCGUGUGCAAAUAUUUUCUUGAACACUGAGUCGUCAUCUCCAAAUUUCUCACUUGAGCUUUGUACGCCAACGCACUCCCAGAGUCACCAUCGCAUCACAUCCUUUCCACGCACUGCAAUAGAUCGCCGUGACUACCUGGAAGCAAGAACUCACUCAAUAACAUCUCCGUGCAAAGAGUUCUUGGCAUUCAUAGCAGUAUGGCAGAGCCUCUGAAGGUCGCAGUGCCCUCGAAGCUGAAGCUCUCGGAGCUAGGGUCAAGAAUCAAGAGACUGAUGAUCCUAGUUGCGGAAUAUGAACAGGCGAUCGCACGACUGGGCGACACGAUCGAAGAUGAGUGUAUGUCAUACAUCAAGGCCAGAUGUCAGUACUACCAGACAAAGCUCAGGGCCGAUGAAAAACGAUACAUGACUACGGCGGGAAGGCCUCACAUAGAACGUGUGCCUGAAGACUCUCACGUACCAGUAGUCUCGAUCCCAGAACUAUCACAAGUCAUGUCCACUGAAGCAGAAGCGUUGGGGGAUGUUACCACUAUUGGUCUCUCACUCGUCCAGCUCACCACCAAUCGCGCUGCCUUAGAGCAAGAGCUUCAAAACAUCAGACAAGCGAAGGAACGAAUGCAAACCGAGCCUAUCAAGUCGAUAGAUGCCGUGGAAGACGACAAUGAGAUACAGGACCUCAACAACAUCAUCGAAGAGUAUGGAAACAAAAUCCAAGAGCAUGAGUCCUGGAUCAUCUCCCUUCGUUCGAAGGCGUUGGCAGCGAUAAAAGCGGCGAACCGUGCCGCUAAGAGUGACAUCGAGAUGCCUGGGAUCGGAAGAUGGUCUCCUAUACCUGCACCCGGAACUAUGACUACCACCCCUUUGUCUGCACCCACUAUAGCCACUACUGCACCUACUGCAGCUGAUACCACGUCCAUCACGGUCACCACUGCUCAGGUUGAGGUCGCAGAUAUACCUUCCGAAGUUACAACCGCCGCGAAGGAUCUCCAAGCCAGUACGACUUCGGAUGUCGUAGCCACUGUCCCCAGAAGCACGACUGCUACCAUCAAAGUGGACAAAACACUCUCGAGUAUCACACUGUGUGCGCCAAAAAAGCAAUACGCCAAUGUUGAGAGCGUGGAGCAAACAGAAUUUGCUAUCGGUGACAUCGGCUGGUUUCCCAUUCUGCGCCCCUCACUAUCUGAGUCUUCAUCCGACAUUCACACCGAGUUCGGCUACAUCUGCGCUAAAUCAUAUCCGCUCAUCGUUGAGGAAAUGCUGGAGGAUUGUAUGCUAGGUCUCAUCAUUUCUACAUCAAAUGGAAAUGGCUUGCGUCUAAAAUGUGCUUCUGUCAAAAGCCGAAGUGCUCUCCUCCUUACCGAGUCAUCACAGAAACCCAGCUUUUCCGGCUGGGGCGAGGAACUACAUCCUAGAACUUGGCUUCGGGUCAAAGGCUCCAGCGAAUAUAGCCCUCCCGCAGGCGCUUACGUUGACAUGCUGAACGUGAUCAUGAUACCCUAUGACACAAGAUUUCAGAAAAAAGGGAGUCUGAUGAGCGAGGACUUCCUUGUUCUACAGCAGAUGAGGCUUUCAGCAGUGCUCUCAACAUCCGGAGCUGGAAAAAGAGGAUUCGCGCCAAGGUUUUGGACGUGGUUUGGAGAAUGGUAUGGAAAAUGGUGGAUGGCAGCACGGGAAUGAGAAAAAAACAUGAUGUUCAGAGCAAAUGUGGAUGAAGACAUCACUCAAUGAAACACCUGACUCAACCUGAGUGAAUACGUACGAACUUCACACUUUGCGUCGAGAACAAUGAGCUGCCUCUCAGUAUGCGAUUCGCGAACGUUAGUAUAUGCUGUACCUGUGCAUCGAAGUUCUCGGUACUAUCUACCUAGUGUGAUUAAGUCUGAUAAUGUUCCCACUGGUGGCCCUCGUGUUCAGAUGUCAGUCAGUCAUUCGAUAGCCGCCACGCUCAGUCCAAUCACACGUGAGACCGUCGGAGCGAGCACGCAAGAGAU